UUGUGUGUGUGUUUUUUACAUUAAGUCUGCAGAAGGGUGUGUUCUUGCUUUCUUUUGCUGAGCGCUGCCUGGUGUCAUUGUCAGACGUGUCAAGAUCAAGAAGACGACGACAAACCGACGGUCCUCAGGUUAGGUGACACGCUUGUGCAGCAGCGUGUGACGUCGCUGCAUCCAGCAGAGGGCGUCCUUACAGAGUGUUUGUGCAGGUUGCGGUGUGGACGAUGGCCCAAAAAGCGAGUUUGGCGGUGCUGGUGUUGCUGGCCGUCGCCGCGGCAACCGUGACGGCGCAGAGGCGACGCACGCAGACAGCCAACGCGCAAACGCAGACGACCAACGCGGAUGAGUGGAACUACAGGGAUGGCUCCGACAGGGUCAGCAUGAGGGGCGUGGCCAACCUGACUGAGAUCCUGGACAACUGGCGUUUCGACAUUGUCAACCAGAUGAAGGGACUCCUGCAAAACGACCACCAGUCCCUGCUGCCCGACUACGCCAGGAUCCAACCUCUGUCGGAGGCUCUGGGUGAUCUCUACAAGGAGUUCAAUGCCCUCAAAGCUCACCUGGGCGAGCUAACGGAAAAGUUCACCGCCAUGGAGACCUUCAUGGAUGAGGUGAAGGCCAGCAGGGGAAGCCGCCAGGCUCAGACCCAGACCCAGACCCAGGCCUCUUCAGCCGCCGUGCCCAGGCAGACAGGCAGGCGGGUGAUGAAGAAGAAGACCACCCCCGUGGCCACCACCUCCUAAGGAUGACCGUGACCAUGUAUUUAUGCUUUAUCUGCUUUUUUGCAUUUUUUCCCAGAGUGUUAAAAAGUUAAUUUGUUCCUGCUACAAAUAUGUGCUAAGACGCUAAAGCUAUCGAGUUACCAGGUGGCUUUGUUGCUCUCUGGAAACAUUUGGGUCGGCACACUUUGAGGGAUUUGGUUUUGCCGCUGGAGUUCAGCCCAACACGUUGAACGGCAUCCAAGUCAGAUUGUUUGGAUAGGCUUGCUUCCCCUUUGGGGUUUGUUCCCUGCUACAUCACGCACGCACAAACACACGCACACAUGCAGUUAACCAAUAAAGUCAAUUUUUGCAGCACA